AUGAGAACCGUCCUGCGCAAUGGCAGCGGAAAGCGACUACAAAGACAUUCCUCGCAGGCAACCCUUCCACCCUUAAAGAUAACUACCCUCCCAAACAAAAUUCGGGUUGCGACCGAGUCCACUCCGGGUCAUUUUGCUUCCGUUGGCCUCUAUAUCGACGCCGGUUCACGGUAUGAGGACUCCUCGACUUCGGGAGCCAGUCAUUUCUUGGACAGGAUGGCAUUCAAGAGCACUCGCACACGCUCGUCCGAGGAUAUGGCUAGAGUAAUGGAUAGGCUAGGAGGACAGAUCAUGGCAUCCUCCGCUCGUGAAACCAUCAUGUAUCAGUCCUCUCACUUUGACCGCGCCACUCCUCUUGCCCUCUCUCUCAUAUCCGAAACAGUUCUUCAGCCCACAUUCGCAGUCGAAGAGCUCCACCUACAAAAAGACGCGGCCCAGUACGAGAUAAGGGAGAUCAACAAUAAGCCGGAAAUGAUACUUCCAGAGGUGCUGCAUGAGGUUGCAUACGGCCUGCGAGGACUCGGGAAUCCCCUCAUGUGUCCCGGCGACCGUAUAGACACCAUCACUCCUGACCUACUUCGGCAGUGUAUUACCAAUUGGUACACUCCUGAGCGCAUGGUUAUUGCUGGUGCCGGCAUGCAGCACGAGCAACUUGUCGAAUUGGCUGACAAGUACUUUUCGUCACUUAAACCUACGACUUCUCCUUCGCCUUCCACGCCCCGUCUAUCAACAGCCUCGGUGGCUCCGCCACACCUUCUUCCAUCGUCACAGCCGUCUGUGUACAAAUCACUCACCCGCGCAGCGUCAUACCUGUAUCCCAACUCUUAUACCGACGUUGUUAAUCCCGUCAAUCCUGGCUCACUUUACGUUGGUGGCGUACGACACAUUCCAAGCGUAACCCAGGAGUUUGACCAUCUUUAUCUUGCGUUCGAGGGCGUAGGCAUACAUGAUGACGAUAUCUAUGCCCUUGCCACUAUGCAAGUACUACUCGGCGGUGGAGGCAGCUUUUCGGCAGGCGGUCCGGGUAAAGGGAUGUAUUCUCGACUUUACACUCACAUCCUCAACCACUUCCCGCAAGUGGACCACUGCGCCUCGUUCCACCACAUCUACUCUGACUCGUCGCUUUUUGGGCUAUUUGCGUCCUUCGUGCCAGACAUACCGAUGCAGAAGGGGAACACGCCCGCCCAAAUAUUGCCUCAUCUUGUGCAUCAACUGAAUUUGUUGAUAUACCAGAGUGUUCCAGCAGUUGAGUUAGAGAGGGCCAAGAAUCAGCUCAAAUCUAGUUUGAUGAUGGCAUUGGAGAGCAGGGCAGUGGAAGUGGAGGAUUUGGGUCGUCAGGCAAGACUCCUAAUAUUGGUGCAUGACCGCAAGAUACCUGUUACUGACAUGACUGCAGCUAUUGACAAAGUCACACCAGAAACCAUUCGUCGCGUCGCAACCCGCCUUUUCGGACCUCAAUCUGGGAACAAAGCAUCUAUUGUUACCAUGGGUAGAGGAGAUUUGGGGGAUUGGCAAGCAACGCUCCGCAAAUACGCCGUCGCCGACGUGUAG